CUCUGUCUCUCUCUCCCUCUCUCUCUCUGUCUCUCUCUCUCUCUCUCUCUCUCUCUCUCUCUCUCUCUCCCUCUCUCGCUCUGUCUCUCCCCACUCAAUUGAAUUCAGUUGAAUUCUGUCUCUCUGUCUCUCUCUCACUCUCUCUCUCCCUCUCUCCCUCUGUCUCUCUCCCCAUUCAAUUGAAUUCAAGGGGCUUUAUUGACAUGGGAAACAUGUUAAUGUCACCAAAGCAAGUGAGGUAAAUAAUAAACAAAAGUUAAAUAAACAAAACAAAUGAACAUUAAACAUUAAAAUGAAGUUUCAAAAGAAUAAAGACAUAUUAUGUGCAAAUAGUUAAAGUAUGAAAGGGAAAAUAAAUCAACAUAAAUAUGGGUUGUAUUUGUAUUUACAAUGGUGUUUGUUCUUCACUGGUUGCCCUUUUCUUGUGGCAACAGGUCACAAAUAUUGCUGCUGUGAUGGCACACUGUGGAAUUUCACCCAGUAGAUAUGGGAGUUAACCAAAAUUUAAUUUGUUUUCUAAUUCUUUGUGUGUCUGUGUAAUCUGAGGGAAAUAUGUGUCUCUAAUAUGGUCACACUGUUCCUAGGCCGUCUGUCACGGUUCAUGAAUCCACUGCCUCCUUUUCCUUUUCUCUCUCUCUCUCUCUCUCCCGUGUUUGUGUGGGCGUGGUUCCCAAUCUCGGCCUGAUUGUCUGCGCCAGCUGGAAUCACUUAUCUUCCCUUUAUAUGUUCUGUAACCAGUGUUUCUUGUUGUCAGAUCGUUGUUACUUCCCUGAGGUUGUGUCGUGUGUCCGUGCUCAUCUCUCGCCGCCCUUGUGUGGAUUAUCUGCUGUGCUCCUUCCUACCCAUCCGGACACUCUCCCCUGGGUUUCUCAGCACGCUCACAUAGGAGGAUGCGCCCUAGUCCCUGGGUCGGAUUCCGUCUGAGUACAGUCUGUCUGUCCUGUUGCUGCUGUAACCUGUAUUCAUUAAACCAUUGUUGCUUGCAUCUUGCAUCCGCCUCUGUAUUGUUACACCGUCAUUGUAAAUAAGAAUUUGUUCUUUAACGGACUUACCUAGUUAAAUAAAGGUUAAAUAUAUAUUUUUUAUAACAAAAUACAUUGGCGAGAGGUUAGGAAGUGCAACUCAUUAUUUGGUGUCUUGUACAGAAUUCUGCAGGCCGAGUCUCAAUUUGGUGUUCGUCCCGUUUUGUGAAUUCUUGGAUGGUAAUGGGUAAUGGUAAUUGGAUGGUGAAUUCUUGGAUCUUAUUCAUGUAUUUUUUGCUAAUUGGCAUGUCAAAUUGUUUUGAUGGCAUGGAAGGCCCUUCUUACCUUGUCACUCAGAUCAUUCUCUCCCCCUCCUCUCUCUAUUUCAGGUAAACCAGCUCUUCCCUUCACACCUCUUGUGCUAAAGUUCAUCCACCAGCUUCAGAACUCGCUCUUUGUGCACUUUUGUGUUGGUGUGUGUGUGUGUGUGUGUGUGUGUUGGUGUGUGUGUGUGUGUAUACACACCCACUUGUGCGUCGGACGGACGAGAUGUGUGUGUAUGACAUGUGACGAGAAACCAGAGAAAUGGAUUACCUCUCUCCCGCCAACAUCUCCCAAGAUGCAUCCCUUCUUUUCUCCGCCCCCGGUCUCCACGGCAAUGACCUAUACCCCGGCUACCAUGCCUACGACCCCGGCAUCGACGACCCCCCAACAGAAGAGUCGUCGUCACCCCUACAGUCUCUCUACACUCCCCUCCUGGAUUUGGGAGACUUGGGGGGGUACGGUCCCAGCGUGGGGGGGUAUGGGGACAGCUCUCUGGCGGGACUGGGUGACAGUACCAAGCUAGUAGGGGUCCAGGUGGUUUUAAUCCUGGCCUACAGUACCAUUAUACUACUAGGAGUAGUGGGGAACUCUCUGGUCAUAUACGUGGUGUAUCGCUUCAAGACGCUGAGGACCGUGACUAACUUCUUCAUAGCUAACCUCGCUGUCGCUGACCUCCUGGUGAAUACAUUAUGUCUCCCCUUCACGUUGGUCUAUACUCUGCUCGGGGAGUGGAAGUUUGGCCAGGUACUUUGUUUCCUGCUUCCCUAUGCACAGGGAUUGGCUGUCCACGUAUCCACGGUGACGCUCAACGUCAUAGCCCUCGAUAGACACAGGUGUAUAGUGUACCACCUGGAGACCAGGAUGAGAAAGGAUGUGUGUUUCGGGGUGAUUGCCGCCACGUGGGUACUGAGUGCGGUGCUGGCUAGUCCACUAGCUAUCUUCAGAGAGUAUGGUACCUUCAAUCUGGCUCCAGGACAGCCUAUACAGGUGUGUACAGAGAAGUGGCCGGGCAGCUCGACAGACGGGACAGUGUAUUCAAUCUCCAUGCUCCUCCUCCAGUACGUUCUCCCUCUAGCCGUCAUCUCCUUCGCCUACGCUCGUAUCUGGUCCAAACUCCGUUCCCACAUGUCCCCCGCAGGCCGCAACGACCGCCACCGCCGUCGACGCAAAACCACCAAGAUGCUGGUGACCGUGGUCGUGGUGUUCGCCGUCAGCUGGCUGCCGUUCCACGCUUUUCAAUUGGCCACGGAUAUCGACGGCUUCCUCUUGGACAUGAGGGAUUUUAGACUGCUGUACACGCUGUUCCACGUGGUGGCCAUGUGCUCAACGUUCGCUAACCCUCUGCUCUACGGGUGGAUGAACAGCAACUAUCGCACCGCGUUCACGACCGUGUUCCGCUGUGAGCAGAGAAUGGAUAGUGUGCAUCCGGAGGGAGGAAGAGGGAAGGGAGGAAGAGGGAAGGGAGGAGGAGGGAAGGGAGGAGAUGGGGGAGGGAAGGGGCUCCUCCAGGACAACCCUCAUCCCUUGGUUCUUCUCAGGGAAUCCUCUGUGUCACGGUUCUUCAGGGGCUCCUCCACAAACCCUCAUGCCUUGGUUCUUCUCAGGGGCUCCUCUAGGACAACCCUCAUCCCUUGGUUCUUCUCAGGGGCUCCUCCAGGACAACCCUCAUCCCUUGGUUCUUCUCAGGGAAUCCUCCAGGACAAACCCUCAUCCCUUGGUUCUUCUCAGGGGCUCCUCCAGGACAAACCCUCAUCCCUUUGUUCUUCUCAGGGGCUCCUCCAGGACAAACCCUCAUCCCUUGGUUCUUCUCAGGGGCUCCUCCAGGACAACCCUCAUCCCUUGGUUCUUCUCAGGGGCUCCUCCAGGACAAAUCCAUUGGUUCUCAUCCUCCAGGACAAACCCUCAUCCCUUGGUUCUUCUCAGGGGCUCCUCCAGGACAACCCUCAUCCCUUGGGGUUCUUCCUCCAGGACAAACCCUCAUCCCUUGGUUCUUCUCAGGGGCUCCAGGACAAACCCUAA